AUGGCUUUUCCCACUCUUUAUUUCUUUUCCACUAAGCCUAUCCUUUCUAUGUAUUUCUUCACUUUCUUGGUUCUACCAUCUCCCUUCAUUUCAUCCGCCUCCAAGCUACCGGGGGGCAAUAAUGAAACAGACAAAGUUUCACUCCUUGAAUUCAAGAAAAUGAUCAUAGGUGAUCCAUUUGGUGUGAUGGCCUCUUGGAAUGAAACCAUCCAUUUCUGUGAAUGGCAUGGUGUUUUGUGUGGCCGCCGCCACAUGAGAGUCGUGGUCGUAAAUCUCACUUCCUUGAAAUUGGUGGGAUUAGUGCCUUCACACAUUGGGAACUUGAGCUUUCUCAAGGCUUUGGAUCUCCAAAACAAUAGUUUUUCAGGUGACAUCCCGCAAACUAUUGGUCAUUUGCAUAGAUUACAAUUUUUGCUUUUGAACAAUAACUCAUUUAAUGGGUUUAUACCGUCAAAUAUUUCUGUAUGUAAAAACCUACAAGUUUUAGAUUUUUCACGCAACAAUCUUGCGGGCAACAUUCCAUCAGAGAUUGGCACCCUAACUAAUCUUCGAUUCCUUUCUUUUUAUCACAACAACAUUAGUGGUAAAAUCCCUCAUUCUCUUGGGAAUCUUACACUACUUAAUACUUUUGCUCUCUCCUUUAACACUUUAUUUGGGGAAAUACCUGAUUCUCUAUGUAGAUUAUCUGAACUACAAACGUUUAUAGUUUUCGGAAAUAAUUUAAGUGGCACUAUACCCCCUUCUUUGUUCAACCAUUCAUCCAUGUUUGUUAUUGAUAUGGGUGGAAAUCACAUAGGAGGGACUUUGCACCCCAACCUUUUUUUAAGUCUUCCCCACCUUUUAUAUUUUUCUAUCUAUGGGAACAAUUUCAUGGGAAGUAUUCCUGUCACAUUAUCAAAUGCAACACAAAUGCAAAUAUUCGGUGUUACUGAAAACAAACUGACAGGAAAAGUUCCUAACCUUGGAAAGUUGCAAAAACUACAGAAAUUCUUGGUCGGAGGUAAUCAUCUUGGGGAAGGGAAUGUUUUUGGCUUGAACUUCCUUUCUUCAUUAACCAAUGCGACCAGCUUAGAGGUGUUGGAACUUGCUGGUAAUAAUUUUGGAGGUUUCUUGCCUACAUCAAUCACUAACCUUUCAACAAACCUUAUACAUCUUUCCCUUCACACCAAUCAGAUUUCAGGAAACAUCCCAAGGGAGAUUUCAAAUCUCAUCAGCUUGCAGACAUUGCUAUUGCAUGACAAUAAAAUCAGCGGAGAAAUUCCACCUGAGAUUGGGUAUCUUGGUAAUCUGAGAAUUUUGUUUUUAUUUGAAAACAAAUUUUUUGGAAAAAUUCCAUCUGCUUUAGGAAAUCUAACCCUUUUAUUAAAGCUUCGUUUAGGAAGAAACUACCUCCAUGAUACAAUUCCUGCAAGUAUGGGAAAAUGUCAAAACCUAGAGUUGUUAGAUCUUUCUUACAACAACCUUAGUGGUUACAUCCCAAAGGAAGUUCUUAGCCUCUCAUCUUUGUCAAUUGCUUUGGAUCUCUCUUACAAUCAGUUGGUAGGUUCCAUUCCAAAAGAGGUUGGAUAUUUGAAAAAUCUAGGCUACUUGGAUUUGUCCUAUAAUUCUUUGUCAGGCCCUAUUCCACCGGAGUUUGGUAGUUGCGUUUCCUUGGAAAUGUUGAAUCUAACGAAUAACAAUCUUGAAGGCCCAAUUCCAUCAACUUUGGCAAAUUUGAGGGCUAUGCAAUUCUUACAACUUUCUCACAACCAUUUGACCGGUCAAAUCCCAGCUUUCUUGAAAGAUUUCAAACUUUUACAGAAAUUGAAUCUUUCAUACAAUGAUUUUGAAGGAGCAGUACCAACCACAGGGAUCUUCAACAACACAAGCUCAGUUUCAAUUGCAGCAAAUAAAAAGCUAUGGUUAAGAAGACUAAGAAAAGGGCCGUUUCCUAAUUUGAUAGAAAACCCAAUCUUAAGAGUGUCAUAUCAUUCCCUCUUCAAGUGCACUAAUGGGUUCUCUACAGAAAAUUUACUAGGAGUUGGUGGUUACGGAACUGUAUAUAAGGGAUGUUUUGAUCAUGAUGGAACUGUUUUUGCAGUAAAAGUACUUGAUCUUUUACUCCGUGGAGCUUCUCGAAGUUUUGUUGCUGAGUGUGAGGUGUUGAAAAACACCCGACACCGCAAUCUUGUCAAGGUGCUAACUGCUUGCUCGGGGUUUGAUCUUCAAGGAAAUGAUUUUAAGGCUAUAGUUUACGAAUACAUGGAUAAUGGGAACCUUGAGAACUGGUUGCAUUUUAAUCCCCAAGAGAACUCCCAGAUUGAAGACAAUAGGAGGUUAAGUUUAGUUGAAAUGCUAAACAUUCUUACUGAUGUGGCAUGCGCUUUGGAUUAUCUUCAUAAUGACUGUGAACCUGCAAUAAUCCAUUGCGAUCUCAAGCCGAGUAAUGUUCUCCUGGAUAAAAGCAUGACUGCACACGUAAGUGAUUUUGGACUGGCAAGAUUUGUACAAAAAAGGAUUGAAAGCUCUUCAUCAGACAACUAUAGUUCUAUUGGAGUACAAGGAACUAUUGGAUAUGCACCUCCAGAAUAUGGUAUGGGAAGCAGACCAUCAAAAGCAGGUGAUAUAUAUAGCUUUGGCAUACUAAUCUUGGAAAUGCUGACUGGGAAGAGACCUACACAUGAAUUGUUCCAAGAUGGCUUAAACCUUCAUAGCUAUGCUAAGGCUGCUUUAGCAGACAGAGGAGUGGAGAUUGCAGAUCCCAAACUUCUCCAAGAAAGAGAUGAACAGAUUCAAAUGUGCUUAGUUUGCAUGAUCAAAGUUGGGGUUGCUUGUUCUGUGGAAUUCCCAGCCGAUAGAAUGAAGAUUCGCGAUGUUGUUGGUGAAUUAAAUAAAGCAAGGAAAUCCUUCUUGAAGUAAUCUGUCAGAUUAAUCUGUCUGGUAUUCUUGGAGCUAGCAAGCUUAGGAGUCUGUUUCAUAAUAUAUUUUGUCUUUUCUGUCAUUACAAUCUGUGUUUGGUGUAUUUGAAGAAUUAUUCUGGA